AUGAAGCAAACUGUCAAGCAGAAUAUGUACGGAUUUUUCCGACGUUUCAUUCCAAAAGACAAGGAAAAAGCAGAAAAACGAAGAGUCGAAAAGAAUGUCGAUGAAUCGGAAGUGUGUGUGAUUGACGUGGAAACAUUGAGAUGCGUGAUUUGUCUCAACAUUUUCCAAGGAAUUCCACGUAGUCUGACUUGCGGCCACUCAUUCUGUCAUCGAUGCAUCGAUGAAGUAGCUCACUCGGAGCAGAUGAAUGAACAGAGAAAUGCGGGGAGAAAUCAUAUUCAAUGUCCAAUCUGUCGCAAACGUGCCAACAUGCACAAACUCGUUCAUAACUAUGCUCUGAAAAACAUCUUGGAUAGUAUCAAUGAGUUGGCAAAAGAAGAAGAGAAAGCAAGAACUGCGUUUGACAAUACUCUGGAAGCAUCGAACGAACAACUCCGCUCCAAAUGCAUCGAAUUUGAGAAAAUAAACGACGGAUUGAAGAAGGAGAUGAACGAGAGACGUCGCAAGGAAUAUUAUAACUACGUUGCCAUUACCCUCUUCGUUAUCUUCUACAUCGUCCUGACAACUGCAUUCGGCAACUGA